GGCACUGAUGAGGUGGCACUGGUGGGCAUUGAUGAGGAGGCACUGAUGAUGCUGCAAUGAUGAACACUGAUGGGCAGCACUGCUGGGCGCAACUGCUGGGUGGCACUAGUGGGCACUGGGUGGCACUGCUGGGCACUACUGAUCAGGGCACUGAUCAUCAGUGCCCUGAUCAUCAGUGCAGAUCUGCUCUGUGACGUGAUCAGCGGUGUCCAAUGACACGCUGAUCAGAGGGAAAUGCAAGUGCCGGUUCUCGGCUGCACUUUCCUCAUGCUGUCAGAUCGUGAGGAAAGUACUGCCGAGAACCGGCAGUUG